AGGCCCUGCCUGCCUGCAGCACUGUCAUUUCUUCCCAGCCGAGCUCCUGGACCACAUCUGCAAAAAUGAUGAAAAACAUGAUGAUAAAGAACAUGUCCUUCAAGGUCGGACAGACCAUGACCAUUAUUGGAGUACCCAAACCUGAUGCAACAAAUUUUGCAUUGAAUAUUGGCCCCACUGACCAGGACAUCGUGAUGCACAUCAACCCUCGUUUUAACGCCCAUGGAGAUGAGAAUGCAGUGGUGUGCAACUCUUACAUUGGAGGACAGUGGUGUGAGGAGCUCCGUGAGGGAGGCUUUCCUUUCCAGCUAGGAGAGGAGUUCAAGAUCGUCAUUGAAUUCACCCCUCAGGAGUUCCUGGUGACUUUAUCAGAUGGCUCAAUCAUCCACUUCCCCAACCGCAUCGGGGCGGAGAAGUACUCCUUCAUGAGCUUUGAGGGGGAAGCUCGCAUCAGAAGCUUUGAGAUCAAGUAAUCCUGCACAGUUGGUUGGGGGAUGAGGAGUUGAUAAGAAAUACGCAGAUAUGACAUUCAAAAUGACUCGAUGUCACUUUGCAAACCAGACAUAAAGUAGUUCCAGGCCUAUGUUAUCUGACUGUCAUUUACUUUGCAGAGUUAAGCUGAAAUUUGACCAUGUUCCUCUUGAAGGUGCCUUGAAAUGUUGCAAUUUUGGUUGUUUUUUUAAUUUUCCCUCCCAAACAUUCCAGAUUUGUAACAACAUGUAUUAAAGCAUGGCUUUAAAAAGA